AUGUUUGGUACAGUUCGUCGCUUUGCGGCUUCCCAAGUGCUGCGCGCUGCUGCGCCUCGCUCAGUCUCAGCACGAUCGAUUCCCCAGUUGCAGAAAUGGCAGUCCCCCUUGAGCCUGUCAUCUGUUGUUGCGACCAGAUCGCUUCAUUCGUCUUUCCCGAGAUUGUCUGCUGUCUCUGCUGAGGCAGUCGAGGAUGUCCUCGAGUCCUCAAGGCCGGCGGCACCGACAGGAGAGUUUGCUCAGCUCGCGACUGAUAACAUUAUUGAUGGUAGUCUCAUCAAGAACAUCAUUCAACCUGACCGCAUGGGUCUGAAGACGAUGACUGAGGUGCAAUUCCUUACUCUUAAUGAGAUUGUUAAGGGUGAUGAUAUUCUCGCCCAGGCUAAAACAGGAACCGGAAAGACUCUUGCUUUCCUUCUGCCCACGUUACAAAAUAUCUUGAACGAUCCCUCUGUCGACCCCAAAACCUUUGCCCGUCGCGCCAGAACUGGCCCUUCGGAAAUCCGUGCCCUUAUUAUCUCCCCCACCCGUGAACUCGCGGAACAGAUCGCCGUUGAGGCUCGCAAGCUCGCAUUUGGCACUGGCCUUAUUGUUCAGACCGCUGUUGGUGGCACGCAAAAGCGCGCCGGUCUUGCCAAGAUCCAGAGAGAGGGCUGCCAUCUGCUGAUCGGCACUCCCGGUCGUCUCAAGGACAUCUUGUCUGACCCUUGGACCGGAGUCUCUGCCCCGAAGUUGAACACUCUGAUUCUCGAUGAGGCCGAUCGCCUUCUGGAUCAAGGUUUCUCUGCCGAAAUUGAAGAAAUCCAGGCAUUGCUCCCCAAUCCUGCCGAGGUGGACCGUCAGACGCUCAUGUUCUCGGCCACCGUCCCCAGAGAGGUUAUGCAGAUGGUUCGCAAGACCCUGAAGCGCGACUUCAAGCAUGUGAACACUGUGCGCGAAGAUGAGGUUCCCACCCACGAGCGCAUCCCCCAAAAGCUUGUCUACCUGCGCGGUCUUGAGAACGGACUGCCUGCCGUCCUCGAGCUUGCCCAAAAGUAUCAAGAACGCGCGGAAUCCGAGAAUCUGCGUCCUUUUAAGGCCAUCGUAUACUUCAACUCCACUGCUGAAACCAAGAUCUCCGCAGAAGCAUUCUCCUCUCUUGCCAACUCAAGGGAAUUCCGCAUGUCUCCUCUGGGCAACGUGAAGAUGAUCGAGAUCAACUCCCGUCUCACCCAGCAAGCCCGUACUCGCAGCGCCGAUAACUUCCGCCGCGCUCGCGAGGCCAUCCUCUUCUCCUCCGACGUGACUGCCCGCGGUAUGGAUUUCCCCGAUGUCACUCACGUCAUCCAAGUGGGCGUUCCCCGCGAAUACGAGACCUACAUUCACCGUCUCGGCCGUACCGGCCGUGCCGGCAAGGAGGGUGAAGGCUGGAUCUUCAUCCACAAGGGCGAACACGAGACGUACAGGAAACGCCUCGGUCGUCUCCCCAUCAAGGGCGACUCGCCCACCAACCCCACUCUCCUCACUGCCGGUGCAGAUAUGAGCCAGCCCCAAUCCCCCGAUACCCCGGAAGGCCAGAUCAUCACCCAGAUCCAAGAGGCCUUGGCUUCCGUCCCCGCCGAUCUGAAGGUCUCCUCAUACAUGGGCCAGCUCGGUACCGCCACUAGCUCCUUCAGCUACAAGGGCGAGGCUAUCCAAGCCCUGAACCAGCUGUCCAGCAUCGGUUACGGCAUGGCUACUCCCCCCUAUCUCAGCCCUAGACUCGUGCAGCAGAUGGGUCUCAGGGGUGUCACUGGUGUCUCUGUAGGCGACCGCCCUCGCGAGAGCUUCUCCCGCGGCGGUGAUCGUGAUGGCUUCUCCCGUGGCGGUGAUCGUGGAUUCUCUCGCGGUGGUGACCGUGGAUUCUCCCGUGGUGGUCGUGGUGGUCGUGGUGGUAGCCGAGGUGAGAGCCGUGGUGAUUUCUUGUUUGGCGAUCGUAACCGUGGUGAUCGUGAGGGUUUCUCUCGCGGUGGUGACCGCGGUGACCGCGGUGGUUUCUCCCGUGGUGGUAACCGUGGCUCGUUCCGUCCCAGUGGUCGUGAGCGCUACAGCGAUCCUUCCUUCAAGGAGGGUGGCUCCUUCGAUUUCUAG